AUGAGUUCCAGCCACCCUGAGCCCGAAUCCCAGGCACUUCGGAGUCCCCGCACACAGUCACUGUCCCAGAGCUCUUCCAGCCUGCUUUGUGAAGGCCGGGGGCAGAGACCAGAGCUCCGCAAGAGUGCCAGCAGUACUGUGUGGCAGGCCCAACCUGGCAAGGCCAGCACCAGUCCCCAGGCCUUGGUGGAAGAGAGGUGCCAGACUGAGAGCACAGAGCAAGCACAGACCUCAAGCCCCCAUCUACGGUCUGGUGCUGUGGGGCACUGGCGAAGCAGCACUGUGGGAAAUGUAUCUACAACGGACAGUGGUGACUUGUGUCGCCUGCGGGCCCCCAGUGUGGCUGCUGUGCAGAGGAGCCAUUCUGAUCUGGUCCAUAGCACCCAGACCCGGGGUCAUAGCAGUGCUCGGAAGGCCAGUCUCAGCUGCUCAGCCCUCGGUGGCUCACCUGCCCGCAGGGCUCAGCUGCAGCCUGGCAGUAUUUCUGACCAGGUUGGACAGCCACCUACAGGCCUGGAAAGAGAACUGGCUCCAGCAGAUGGAACUUCUAACUCAGCCUGGAUGCUGGAGGAGAGUCAGGUGUGGGUACCACCACCAGCCCUGGGGGACACAGCUACCCACAGCAGUGGUCCCCAGGCUGGGCCCAAAGCCACAGGGCAGCCAGCUACCACCUCCUGCCAUGCUCUGCCCCCAGCAGCUCUUCUCUGCAGCAUGAGGGAGGCAGUGGCCAGUGGCUGCUGUCAUGCCCUGCCUGCCACAGGGAUCCUGGCUUUUCCCAAACUGGUGGCAUCAGUGAGUGAGUCUGGGCUGCAGGCUCAGCAUGGGAUGAAGUUCCACUGUAAGUUGCCUGGGGGGAUUCACAGGCACUCCCACUGUUGUGCCCACCUUUGGGGUCCCACAGGGUUACCCACAGAGCCUGGCUCUAGGACCAAAGAUGUAUGUACCAUGACUUCAGCUAGUGACUUGGGCCCCAUGUUGGUGUCAGCCCAGGAUGCUGGUGUGCAGGCAGCCCCAGUGGCAGCAUGCAAGGCUGUGGCUACCAGCCCAUCCCUGGAAGCCCCUGUGGCUCUGCACAUGUUCCCAGAGGUAACUCUAGGGCCCAACCUGGAAGAGACAUCGUCCCCUGUGCGGGAUGUGCGGUGGGAUGCUGAAGGCAUGACAUGGGAGGUGUACGGAGCAUCGGUAGACCCUGAAGUGCUUGGUGUGGCCAUCCAGAAGCACCUGGAGAUGCAGUUUGAACAGUUGCACCCAGUGCCAGCCAGUGAGGACAGCUUGUCCAUUGAGGGCCGGAGGGGCCCGCUGAGGGCCGUCAUGCAGUCCCUACGGCGUCCCAGCUGCUGUGGCUGCUCUGGUGCAGCCCCCGAGUGA